AUGAAGUCAUCAAGCCUGUUGCCUGUCCUUGCUCUCAUAGGAGGGAAAGCAGUGGCGCGACCACAUCAAACGACAGAACUGUCACGGCGUGCUACCGGAGAUGUGAAGUUUUACCUUCCGCUAGACAAGCGGUUGGACACCCCGAGAUGGUGCAUCAUGUUGAGCACCGGGCUAACCGUGAUGCAAGCUGCUCCAGAGUACAAGGCCGAGAUCUUGUUCGCCGGCGCAGCGUAUGGUCUCAGCGGCCUCACGGCGUACGACGUCUGCACGCAUCUUCCCGGUAACAACGACUGCUCGCGUUUCGCCUACCUUGUUGCCGACGUCGUUACUGUAAUUGCAGAAGGGGUUGCACAUCGCAAGGACUUACCCCUUUAUGGAAACGAAAAAGCUAAGGAUGAGCUUAAAAGCCGUCUUGAAGAUAGACUCCUCUUACAUAGACGGGACUUCGAAACCGUGAAAGUUAUGCCCAUAGCUUCCCGAGACGAAACCAGCAAGCCGUCGGCGACUAAGCUCCAAGUCCUCGGUUUACGCCAUGAAAACGGGGACGUAGCCGAUCACGAAUUGCAUAUGCGCUCUGACAUGACAGGUGUAGCUCGGCUUUCAGUCCCUUCCCGGUCGGCGGAUGGCACACUGGAGCGACGAGGGUCUGGUUACGAUUUCUUGGUCUCGUACAAGGUGUACAAGUAUGACAUGAGUACCCAGCCAGACGAGAAUGGCAUCAAGGCAAUUGCAGACGCCAUCGGCAAGGACUGGGCCAGUAGGAUGACCGACCAUAAAGAUUGGGCUAACUACAUUGCCGCGGCGCAAUUCGGAUCGCAAUGGAGAAUCAACUUUGACAUUAUUCCCGAGUCGGGUGACAACUGGAGCGAGAACGCCCAAAGCCAAAAUGUCUGCGGAAAUGCCGAGUACAACUUUUAA